AUGUGGGAGACAUUGCGAAAGAGAAACCUUAAUCUGUUUCUUCUUCUGUUGAUUGCUUCGCUUAUUUUCGUAGUCGUUGUACAACAAUCUAGCCUCAUUAGAAAGAUGGCAGUUCUCUAUGGUAGCCUAAUAAACGACAAAAGUGACAACAUCUUGAAGCAAAAGACAGAGGCAGCGUUGAUGUUUGACUUUAAAAAGCACGCAGACUACCGCCUACAAGUACUUCAGACAGAGAUGAGCAGUAUGGCUAAGUUGGACGUUUGUGCUAAAAUUUUAGCCAAUCCGAUAUCAUUUUGGCGGAGUCAGCUGACGUCAACAAAUUUCACAGCUGAAGUGGAUUUGCAACGUUUGUCAUUGGCUAAUAA